GAGAGAAGCGCGGCAGCCGACGCGACGGCACUACUUGGAUGGAGCGUUGGGGUUGUGGGGCGGGAGGAGAAGACAGAUGGGUGGACAAGAGCUGGGAGGAGAAGGAGAAUGGAGGAGAAGUGCUGCUGCGGUGGGGCAGCAGCAGCGGCAGCAGCAAGGAGCAGCAAAAAGAAUGGGAGCAGCAAUGUGUGUUUGUUGCAUUCCUCAGAGAGCACAGCGACAGAGAGGUUACUUCUUGGUUUGAAGAAAGAUUUGGAAAUCACCAAGAGACGCAAUGGGCAGUUAAAAAAGGAGGAGAUCAGAAUGGAGAAUGGACAGAAAAAUGGACAGAAAAACCCUCCGAAAAAUCCGCCGAAAAAUCCGGAUGGAACAAGCAAGGAGAUACAUGGGAGGAGCGGUGGCGAGAGAAAUUUGACGGUGACACCAAGACAGAAACGUGGGCAGAGAAGAAGGGAAGCAACGCAACGGGUGAGAGUUGGAUGGAGACAUGGGAAGAGCGUUGGGGUUGGAAAACGGCCCACAAAGAGGCACGGGAUGCAUGCGGCAACAGGAGAGUUGAGCGUUGGGGGGAACAAUUCUUUGAUGACGGCAGUGGGCAGAAAUGGGCGCAACACUGGCAAGAAGAAAACCCGCAAAAUAACCCGCAUCAAGGGGACUCCCAAGGGCCUAUUCGCAGCAGCGGAAAGAGCUGGGGGGAUAGAUGGGGGCCCAAUGGCGUCGGGGGGCAUAGUCGAAGAAGGCUGCUUUGGGAGCUUGAUGCAUCCACAGUGGAUUAUGUAUUGCUUUGUCUGGGCCUGUGA